UCUUCGUGGGAGACAUCGACGACGGAGAUGACGCCAAUUAAAGUCACGGGAGCACAGCAGCCCUCAGAUUCGCUAUAAACUUUCUCGAUUUAAGGACUUCUUUCACUAUUUAUUUAUUUUUCCCAGAAAGAUUUUUUUGUUAAGCUCGAUUUUUUUGUCUUCGAAUUUGGGAAGAUAAAUUGCCAAAGCUUAUUUGGUGGAUUUAGCGGCGUGUGUUACCUUUUUGGUGUGUUUUUGGCGGUUUUGGGGUUAGCACAGUAUUUGGGCUGAAUUUAGAGGUUUUUCCCCAGGUGUUUUUGUUAAAUUUGGAAGUUUUCUCACAAUAUUUUGGCUGAAUUUGGAAUUUUUUCGUAGUAUUUGGGCUGGCUUUGGAGUUUAGUCCCAGCAUUUGUAUGACAUUUGAAGUUUUUUGUGGUAUCUGAAUUAAUACGGAGGUUUUUCACGGUAUUUCGAUCAAUUUAGAACUUUUCCGCCGUCUUUGAGUUAAAUUUAGACUUGUUUUGCGGCAUCUAGGAUCAGUUUUGAGGUUUUUCGCAGUAUUUGGGUCGAAUUUGAAGGUUUUCACAUCAUAUUCAUCAACUUGGAGCAUUAUCAGAGUGUUUGUGCUAAACUUGGAUCCUUUUAGCUGUAUCUGCGUUGAAUUUGGAUGUUUUCUGCGCUACUCAAUCAGGAGUCUUUUUUAAACUGUAUUUGGCCUGGGAUUGGCUGUUUUUAAGGUUGAUAUAAAAUCUUGUUAGGUUUGAAUGAAUUGAGGGGAUUUUCUGAUGAAAAUGGGGAGGAAAAGUUACCCUGCAUCGGAUUCCGAUUAUAAGCUUCUUGAGGAGGUUGGAUAUGGAGCAAGUGCGACUGUGUACAGGGCAAUUUGUUUGCCUUUCAAUGAGGUUGUGGCUGUCAAAUGCCUGGAUCUUGACAGAUGUAACAGUAAUCUGGAUGACAUUCGUCGUGAGGCUCAAACAAUGAGCUUAAUAGAUCAUCCAAAUGUAAUAAGGGCAUAUUGUUCGUUUGUUGUUGAUCGCUACCUUUGGGUAGUAAUGCCUUUUAUGGCAGAAGGUUCCUGCCUGCACAUUAUGAAAAUAGCUUAUCCAGACGGAUUUGAAGAAUCUGUCAUUGCUACAGUUUUGAAGGAAACACUUAAAGCUCUGGAAUAUCUUCAUAGACAUGGGCAUAUUCAUCGAGAUGUGAAGGCUGGAAACAUUCUUGUUGAUAGUAGUGGUACAGUAAAGCUGGGUGACUUUGGUGUGUCAGCUUGCAUGUUUGACACUGGUGACAGGCAGCGGUCAAGAAACACUUUUGUGGGAACACCAUGUUGGAUGGCACCUGAGGUCUUACAGCCAGGCGGUGGAUAUGAUUUCAAGGCUGACAUAUGGUCACUUGGAAUAACAGCAUUGGAACUGGCACAUGGUCACGCUCCAUUCUCCAAAUAUCCUCCAAUGAAGGUUCUUCUUAUGACAAUUCAAAAUGCACCACCCGGGCUUGAUUAUGACAGAGACAAGAAAUUUUCAAAGUCUUUCAAAGAAAUGAUUGCAAUGUGCCUAGUGAAAGAUCAAACAAAACGCCCAACAGCGGAGAAGCUGUUAAAGCAUUCCUUCUUCAAGCAAGGAAAAUCUCCAGAAUAUGUGGUGCGCAAUCUUUUGCAAGGUCUUCCUCCCCUUUGGGAUCGUGUCAGAGCUCUUCAACUUAAAGAUUCAGCACAACUUGCUUUGAAGAAAAUGCCUUCCGCAGAGCAAGAAGCAUUAUCACAGAGUGAAUAUAAGCGUGGAGUAAGCGCAUGGAAUUUUGACAUUGAGGAUCUGAAAGCCCAGGCAGCAUUGAUGCAAGAUGAUGAUGAAUUGUCAGGUGGUAAAGAAGAAGAUGACACUUCAGGAUCAACAAGGCAUAAGAGUCUAUCUAUGUCUCUUGAGACUUCUAUAAACAGUGAUUCUGAAAAGGUCAAGACCGAACAAAGUCUUCCUCUACUGCAAUCAAGUUCAAUAAAUGACUUGAGUAACCUUUCGGACUUUAAGAACCAGGGUAGAAAAGAAACAAAAGACAUAGGAUGUGUUGAUCUUUCCAAUGGGGAAACAAAUAUCACCAACACUAAUAGACUUGAAGACUUGAGAUUAUUGGAUUCAUCCAAAAUUGAUGAUAGAGAACAACAAAAGAAAUCCUUGAAGGACAGACAAAACAACAAUGGAACAAGUGUACGAAAAACUUUUGAGCUGGAACAGGUUGAGGUCACAGCUGAAAGAAGCCAUGCACGUCCAAGUCAUCAAGCUCAUAGUGGGCCUCUAAUGGUUGAUCGCGUGCUUGGCUAUGAAAGGGAGAGGAAUGGACGAAACCUGGCAGAGCCAUUUAAACAAGAUUUGCGCAAGGACCCUAUUUUGAGUGGGCCACUGGGCUUACCUAAUCGGGCAUCUGCAAAUAGUUUGUCAGCUCCAUUACGAUCAUCAGGAGGUUUUAAGGAUUAUCAGGAGGAUAAAUCCAAGGCAGGUGUUGUACAAAAAAAGGGCCGCUUUUCAGUUACAUCAGAGGAUGUAGAUCUAGCGGAGAAUGUUCAUUUGCCAUCUAUUUCUCGUAGACCCUCUCAGAGUUUAGCGCUUCGUAAGUCUUCAAGUGUUGGAGACUGGCUUUCUGAACAGAAACCAAUUGCUCUCGAGCUACCUAAGGAUCCUGUCAGCACUAUAAUACCUGUAGCAGUUAUCACCCCAUAUCUACAGAAUCUUCUGCAGCAGACAAUAACCCAGGAGGAACUGCUUUUUAGUUUGCUGACAAGCCUACAACAAACUGAAGCAAGCAAUCCUGGUCAACCACCUGGAAAAUGGUCAUCACAAAGUCGAAAUGGAGGCAUUGAACCAUCGGUUGAAACAGCAGCAGAAAGGGAGCGGGCAUUACUGGCAAAAAUUGUAGAACUGCAAUCCCAGAUACUAAGUUUAACAGAAGAAUUGCAUGCAGUUAGACACAAAUCUACUCAGUUACAACGACAAUUGGAUGCUGUUUACAGUCGGGAGGAAGAAGAGAGGAGCCAAAAAGGGCGAAAAGAAAAGGAAGGGAAUUGAUGCCUUUUUUGUUUGCUGCAGACGGUUGUAAUUUUCCAAGGAAGCUACAGUGGUAGGCUGUGCUGAACAUGUGGGAUAUAGUGGUCUUCAAGCUGAGUGCUUCGCGAAUUUCGACGAUCGUUCAUGUUCAAUGCAUAUCACAUUGUUUUGACUUUUUGUGGUGUUUUCCUCUUUAUUACAUUUAAUUCAUUUGGAAAGUUGGACCAGAAGGCAACAAACAGCCAACAAGAGCCUCCUUUUGCAUUUGUAUCAGCGUAGACAUCAAACAGCAGGCAUUUUGUACAUUAUUAACCACAGGAUUUCCAGGUGGACUGUUAUUCAUCCGUUUUGGCCUGUUUUUAUCACUAGGCGUAUAUCUAAAGCUCAUGCAGUUUCAUCUCAACUGCAAUCUGCACACUUACAUCAUUGGAUAUAUGUUCCAUUCUUCUGGGGAUAGAGCAUUGCAACUCAAGAAUUGUUGAGAUUUUUAGCAGCAUAUCAGCAUGCCUGUAAUGGUAAUUCAAUAGCAGUUUUGCUGGAAUGAAUUCAUAGUCAGUUAUAUGUAAAAUGUGCACUGUGCAGUCUAUUGCAGAUUUAGUGUAAUUUGAUUUGUAUGAAUAAGUUGAUUAUUGUCAUUGCCAUUGUACAGUUGCCUCAUGUGCUUUCCCAGCUGUACUUUGAACUUUUGAAGGGCAGCUAGCUUUUGGGAGAUUGCCAAUUUGAGUCUUACGAAACUCAUGAAAUAAAAAAGAGUGUUUAACACCGCUCUAUUUUCAUUGAGAACAUUAUGGUCCAUUGAAGCUGAAUUAUAUUAAAUGCUUUAGUCAAAUGCAACAGUUUUCCAUUCGAGUAGCAA